CCACUUUAUACUUUGCGGUAGCACAAAAGUCUAUUACGUACCUGUUGCAUCACAGCUUUGGUUUAAAUUAUCAAACAACUUUAAGCUGUUCGUUCAUCUCAUGUUUUGCUUUGCUGUUGAUAGCAUAUGAUAUUAAUAAAUUGUCAAUCAUUAUAUCACGUCCAAAACACGAGCACUAAAUAAAAACAUGCUUGAUCGUUUGCUUAUUAAUUAUUCAUAAGCUUGGCCCUUUCUUUUGAUUUAUUUUCAUCUAAUCAUGAUUGUGCCUUUGGUUAUCCAGAUAAUAACAAUCUCGAGCCAAAAAGAAGAGCCAGAACCGAGCAGUAGCCAUGCUUUGAAGAGCAAACUCGAAGUCUCGCAUUCCACUUGCUUCCGUUUAUGUUCAUGGCAUCUCGGCGAUCACGGUUCAAUCUCGGUGCCGGUUCACACGACUUUCCCAAGCUAUGCAGCUUGCUUGUUCACGCUCUUUAAAAGUCACAAAGAAAAAAGGAGAGAAGGAGAAACUUUCAUCUCCAACCACUCUCGACCACUCGUCAUCAAAGAUAAGUUUCAUAUAUUUAAAUCUUAUGAGUACUUUACUGUUCAUGAGCUUUGCACAAUGUUUAGUAAUCGCUUAAUUACUAUUAUCUUUUGCAACCCUUGAACAUUUAAAAACAAAUUUGAUGGCUUGCUU